UCCUUUUGGCUGCAGCCGCCCAAGCGCCUUCGCCCGCAAAGUUUUACUAUUAUUGGCCGUCUAUCAAACCCCAAGUUCACCAACAGCGCAGGACAGCGACGCCAGACACACCCGUGGCUGCAGGCGGGCAAAGAAGACGUGCAUAUACUGUGAGAGAUCGUCUGGCACGCUCUGUGUAUCUGCCAUGUUUGGAAUUUCUGGUUCUCAAAUAGCCUUCCAUGGCUUGACAGUCAGGCACAAUAGACUAUGUCAUGUGUGCCCAUGGGUCGGUGCAACCUAAAGGCCAUCUAACUUCGUGUCUAUACAUUCGUAUAUUCAAUAUAUUCGUCUUCUGACUAGCCGUAGAAAAGAAAAGAAAGAGCCAUUCUGCUCCCAGUGCUGAUAUAUAGGCCGUGUCUGUGACAUAUAUCGCUGUCUCUAUGCGUCACCUACACUCUGUGUUGUGCAGGUUGCGAGUUGCAACGAUGUCCGAGACCUCUUCCGCUACCCCGAUGCCCGCCUCCUCUUUGCUGCCCCCAGGGGUUGGCGGCGAAACAGACGACAAAAAGGAGGCUACCGACAACGUCCCACAGUGGGGAAAAGAAGGAUGCGGGUACCCGCCCUCUGCCUCUGCAGCGCCGGCAGUCCCGAAGCCAAAGCUGCGGCUUCAUUUUGAGGAUCUGGGCAACCAGGCGUCAAAGCUCUUUAUCAAGUCCAUUCAGGACCCCUAUGCGAUCAUGCAGAAUGCGAUAGGAGAGAUCGUUAAAUAUCUCUAUACAUCUCCGUCUGCCUCUGCGGCUCCUCGCCGGCCAAUCCAGUUCAACCCUUCGCUGCCCCCAACCUCCUCUGUCUCCUUUAUCAUCCAUGAUUUCCAAGGAGUCGCCUAUACUAUCGGGGUGAGCUCAGACGACAAACAAAAGGAGAUUCAUAUGUCGCUCUCAUAUAUCGCCCACGCUGGCUCUUUUAAAGACACGGCUGCCGAGAUAGUCGGGAUCAUUCAGCACGAGCUUGUGCAUUGCUAUCAGCAUACCAACCCGCCUGGCAAAUCAACUCCAAACCCACCCUCUGGUCUUAUCGAGGGGAUUGCAGACUUUGUCCGCCUGAAGUCCGGCUUUGGAGCAGCCCAUUGGAAGCGCCCGACUUCUCUGGCCGACCUACCCAAAAGCUGGGAUGCAGGUUAUCAAAACACUGCUUUCUUCCUCGAGUGGAUCGAGAAUAUUAGGAUCGGAACUGGCGCCGUGGGAUUAAUAAAUGACCGUCUCUUGAGGCAGGGGUAUCUCGGUACCAACGGCGAGGUCUUCUGGAGAGGCCUUUUUGGUCGCGAGAUAGAGGAGUUGUGGGCUGACUACGCUGAAUAUAUCGGAGGCCAAAAACCCAAGAUCCAAGAUUGUGGAUGUGGUAGCAACUGAUGGUACACUAUUAUUUCUCGUCUCCCUAUGCGUUAUUCUGGGAUUACGAAUGGGGUACUAUCACUUAGCCUUGUACAUAGGUAGCAAGAGGAAGAACCAUUUAUAUAACGGUAUCUACUUGCAGAUGCCAGAGAAAGGAAGGAAG